GGGGGGGGGGGGGAGGAGGAGGAGGAGAAGAGAGCUUUGUGCGCUUGCGUUGAACUUUGCUUACCUCCCAUCUGAUAACAUGUACAUUUUAUGAAGGGUAUUGUGGAGCUUCCGCGGCUCCUUCGCUGACUGACUUCUGUUUAGCCCUCAACUGUGACACCAGCCCUUCACUUCUUGAGCUGCUACGUCCAGCUCCUUUCCCCACAUUUUCUUCGCAGAUGCCAUGAUUAGACAAGAGCUCUCGCCAUCGUACGAGGAGCUUAAUGAAGAUAUGGAACAAGUAGCUUCUGGACUGAUGGCCGGAACAGAAGAAGUGGAUGAAGAAGAUGGAAGCUCAAGUAUCCUUCCAGAGAGCAACAGCCCUUCAAUGCGUUUCAGCAAGUCCUGCCUGAAGAAUGUCUUCUCAGUAAUUCUCCUCUUCAUUUAUCUUCUGCUUAUGGCUGUAGCUGUUUUCCUAGUCUAUCAAACCAUCACUGACUUCAGAGAAAAGCUCAAGCACCCUGUGAUGUCUGUCUCUUACAAGGAGGUGCCUUUUUAUGAUGCUCCUGGCAUUGCCCUGUACCCAGGGAAGGCUGAACUACUGACCUGUAAGCAUCACUACUAUGAUUAUAUUUUACCUCUGGUCAACCCAGGUCAGCCAGGAAAAAUCGACUGCACUACUAAAAGAGUCAACUACACAGAUCCUUUUACUAAUCAAACCAAGAAACAUGCCGUGAUUGUCCAAGGACCUCAGGAAGUGAAGAAACGAGAACUGGUGUUCAUGCAGUUCCACCUAAAUGAGACAGACCAGGAUUUCAGUGCAAUAGACUACCUUCUUUUUUCCUCUUUCCAGGAAUUCCUCAACAGUCCAAACAAGUCGGAAUUUAUGAAGAAGUGUGAAAGCUCCUACUCCAGCUGGAAAUUCUCUGGUGGUUUUCGAACCUGGGUGAAAAUGUCUUUGGUGAAAACAAAAGAAGAAGAUGGCAGGGAGACAGUUGAAUUCAGACAGGAGAUCAGCGUGGUUAACUACAUUGAGCGGAGGAGAGAAGCAGGGGGUGACCAACUGUUUUUUGUGGUGUUUGAAUGGAAAGAUCCUUUUAUCCAGGAAGUUCAAGACAUUGUCACUGCAAAUCCCUGGAACAUGAUUGCACUUCUCUGUGGUAUCUUCCUGGCAUUAUUUAAAGCAGCUGAUUUUGCUAAACUAAGUGUGAAAUGGAUGAUAAAAAUCCGAAAACGGCAUCUCAAGAGAAGAAGUCAAGUCUUGAACCACAUAAGCUGAGGACCAGAAGCACCACUGGGAAAGCUCUGUAAUUCACUGGAGAAUCAAAUGACUUGAGACUAAAUCAGUACAACAGUUGACCUGCACAGAGAAACUGCAUUGUCAGGCCUACUUGUUUUGCUGGGGUAUCAUACCCAAACUCUUGAAGUUUUAGAAAUUAGUGUUUGUAAGAACUCCUAUCAAGUCCAAGCUCUUUUUAAACAUAAGCUUCUUUAUGAAGCUAUGAUGACAUAGGGAGACUGCUGAAAUAAUGAUUAACCUUUUGUAAUAUCAUCUAGUAUGUUUGGACAAGUCUUUAGUAGUAAAGCAAAACCAAGACUAGUUAACUUAACAUUCCUGCCCAUCUUAAAGCUGAUUGUCUCUACUAAGGAACCCAGUGGUAAUGAGUUAAUCCCGUGGUCCUGGUUUAAAUUACUAAUUUAGACUACUAAAGGUUUACACUGUUUCAGAAAGGUGAAUGGUCAAAAGGACCCAUUUCUGCAGGACAGAAUACUGAAAGCACUGGAAUUUAAUCAAGCAUUCCAUUUUGGCUAAAAUGUGUCUGUGUAAAGUGUUUCAAGAAAUUACAUUUGUGUGCAGCUUUUUAAAA